GAGAUACAACUGAACAUGGCGUCGACGAGCCGCGGAGAAGCUUUGGCCCUGCCGAGGGUUCAGUGUCCAAACCACCCCGAAGCCAUUCUGGUGGAGGACUACAGAGCAGGGGACAUGAUUUGUCCUGAAUGUGGCCUUGUUGUAGGUGACCGUGUUAUCGACGUGGGCUCAGAGUGGAGGACGUUUUCCAACGAGAAAGCUCUGAAAGAUCCCUCCAGAGUGGGAGACGCUCAGAACCCGCUGCUGAAUGGAGGAGACCUCACCACCAUGAUUAGCAAGGGAACRGGAGCUGCCAGUUUUGAUGAAUUUGGCAACUCUAAGUAUCAGAACCGGCGGACCAUGAGCAGCUCUGACCGGGCCAUGCUGAACGCCUUUAAAGAGAUCAGCACCAUGGCCGACCGCAUCAACCUGCCAAGAAACAUUGUAGACAGAACAAACAACUUAUUCAAGCAGGUUUAUGAACAGAAGAGUCUGAAGGGCCGAGCCAACGACGCCAUCGCUUCAGCCUGUCUCUACAUCGCCUGCAGACAGGAAGGAGUUCCCCGAACCUUCAAAGAGAUCUGUGCCGUCUCCAGGAUCUCCAAGAAGGAGAUCGGCCGCUGCUUCAAGCUGAUCCUGAAGGCGCUGGAGACCAGCGUGGACCUGAUCACGACGGGCGACUUCAUGUCCCGCUUCUGCUCCAACCUGGGCCUACCCAAACAGGUGCAGAUGGCUGCCACCUUCAUCGCCAGGAAGGCCGUGGAGCUGGACCUGGUGCCCGGCAGGAGCCCCAUCUCUGUGGCUGCAGCAGCCAUCUACAUGGCCUCCCAGGCCUCGGCAGAGAAGAAGACCCAGAAAGAAAUCGGAGACAUCGCAGGCGUGGCAGACGUGACGAUCAGGCAGUCGUACCGACUCAUCUACCCUCGAGCUGCCGAACUUUUCCCUCCAGACUUCAAAUUCGACACGCCCGUGGACAAACUGCCCCAGCUGUGAGCAGCGGCUCCUCUGCUGCGCUCAACCUUUCUUUUCUAAAUUUGUGUUUUGGAUUGAGCCCAGUUUUUGUCCUGUGCAGAACACAGAGCCCUGUGACAGGACGAUGGUGGACACAUUCCAGUGCUUCAGUAAACGGCUUGCAGACUGUACUUGCAGUAUUUCAUUUCAGUGUAUAUACUGUAGAGUGUAUAUAUGUCCAAGUGGAAACAUGUAACUGACACUUGCAAUUUUAGCCUCUUUUCAUACUGURAACAAACACUUUUUCUUUGUAGAAAAAUCCUGGUUCUAUUUUGUUUCAAAUGUUUCAAGUAAUUUAAAAAUAAACGAUUUUCACUAAAUCAGAUCAAGAAU